ACUACGUCCACGUGCAUUCCUCAACAGUCUUCCCCCUAGAUGGUCCGUCCGUGUUAACCUGACGCAGGCCGGCGACGGGGUCGCCCGGAGAUCCAAGGGAAAGCGAGUUUUGCAGAAGGGGCGCGCGAUCGUCUGUUGCCGGAGGAUCGGCAGCAGUUUCACGUUCACCGCUGUCACGAGUCGCAUGGUUCCUCGUCGCAGAUUCUCAUAAAUCCUUCUAUCCGGUUUACGCCAAAAUCGACGAUAAAAAAAGAGAUGUACUUUGUUGCUCUCUUUUCGCUGGAACUGAUGAUGCUCCAUGUAAUUUGAAAACGUACGUUUUUUUGCAAUUAAAAUUUUAAUAUGAAACGCUCAAGUUGAUACGUAAAUAUUUCCUUGACGGAAUAAGAAAAAAGGAAAGAUACACGAGGAAUUUUUAAAUGCUAAAAAGUGGAUAGAAGAAAUUACUACAGUUAUUAACUUUAUUCAAGCAUAAUUAUUGUUGUUCAAUAAUGGAUAAAAGAAUCCAUGACAAACUAUCGUUAAAUAAAAACCUACUGAUUCUACAACCCAGCAAAAAUAACAAUUUGCAGUGUGGAACAGCUCAGUCUACGGAAAAUAAUAAAAUUAGUGAUAAUAUUAUUGAUUAUAGAAAUAUUUCUGUUCCUUUAAAAGGAGAAGUAAGUUCAUCCUCCAUACAAAGAAAUAAUUUAACACAAACUCAGCCUAACAUUUCACUUGCGGAAGACACAGAUGAUGAUGAACAAUUCAUCAAAAAUAUGAAAGAAAUUAUUGACAAGAACCAUACAAUGCGGAACAAAGAAAAUUAUAGUGUAAGAAAUUUGCAAAGCCAAUCUUAUUUAUCAAGGAAAAAGAAAUGUGUAUUUAGCGAUGAAGAUCAGAAUCUAAUGAAACGGUUUAAAAAAUCUGUGGAUGAGAAUGAAGUUUUGUGCACAAUUCCACAAAAAGUACAACAGUCUGAAAAUGUUACUUCUGUUAGCACUUCCAAGUGCUCAAUGAUAUCUAGUCCAAAAGUUACUACUACUUCAACUGUUGUUUUGAAUACAGUGAAUACGAACAAUACAGAGUUGAUAAGAUGUAAUACUAAUCAGCUUCUGUCCUAUAUGACUUCGCAGAAAAAUGAUCAAUUUAUAACGCCCAGAAAUACUGAACAUGUUAUAGAAACUAGAAUUGUUGAAGAAAUUGAUCAAUUAGUUUAUUGCGAGAUGUAUUUGACACCACCUGAAAGAGAUGAAAAUUUAUUAUCAUAAUUUA